AUGCUAGUACAACGAUCACUUCUGACAAAGUUGGUCGAGCGUCCAUUGGAUUUUUCUUCAGCGACACGUACGACGGAAAUAAAGUGCGAGCGUUUAAACUAAUCGUUUCGUUCGGUAAGAACAAUCGAAUCGGUCGAUGAGAAUUUUUAAGUGUUUUGAUAGUGGCUGCAUGAGGUUGCGAACGAUCUUGCGUGAAAAUCGAAAGUUGCGGAAGGCCAAGGGUAUUCACCCUGAAACUAAGGUAGCGGAAGAAAACCUGGCAACGAUUGUUCAGAGAAAGGUCGCCGAGCUGUUGUUUGAAAAUUGCUCUGAUUGUGGAAGAAUGGCCAUUAUUCCGCAGGGUGCAUUUGCUGCGUGCAAAGUCCGUCGCAAUCUUGAACGCAAUUCUAUGAUAACACCGAUAGAAGAGAACGAAAAGGUUGGCAAAGAAAAUGUCUUCAGCGAGAGACCUCCAUUGGAAGGUUGGGAGCUCACCCCCUUGAAAUACAAUAGUAAAUUAAUGAACAGCAUCUGGGGACUGUACAAUCGUUAUUCUGUGCACAAUUUCAAGAAAAACAAUGAUUCGAUUGAAGGGGUGUUUGGGUCGUUCGUGGCGGUUUGGGGGGCGAUUUGCCAAAGCUACGCACCCGCCGCGAACUCGGUGGCUGCAACCGCAGCCGCCAAAAACAAUUCAUAAAAUAGGUCCAAUAUCCAAAGAAAGUUCCAUUUAUUCUCUUCUCCAACGAACAACUCGCUAUUAGUUCGAGAAUAAUCGUGACAAUUGGAACCAAGCUCUGACAACAAUUAUUGACAGGAAAUUGACGUUCGAUGAUUUUCUUAGAGAAUCGUGUAAAUUGCAGUUAUAGAGAAUUUUAUGGCAGUAUUUUUAAUUGUAUUUUCUAAAAGACUGUUGCCAAUAGUACAUAUGUAAUCAUUUUAAUUCGAUAUCAAAAACGAUGGAGACGAAAUAAAUGUAUUUUAUUUAACUUGUAAAAGACUGUAACGAUAUUGGUGUAUUAGAAUGAUUAACCAACAGUUAUAUAUAAUAUGUAAUAAAUAUAACGAUAUGAAUAAAAUGAAAUAAAACAGUC